AUGAUGUUUUACAUUACAAUCUUUUUUGUCUUCUGCAUUCGCUUCACACAACAAGCUACUUCUUCAUUCAUAAGCGUGCAAAACCGUCGUUUAACAUUGAACGGACAAGAUUAUUUGUAUGUGGGUACAAACUUUUGGUACGGUGCUAAUCUAGGUUCCACAGGUCCCGGUGGCAAUCGGACACGCUUAUUGCGUGAACUGGAUCAUUUGCAUUCGUUAGGAGUUGAUAAUCUACGUAUACAAGCGGGUAGUGAAGGCCCUAAUACGGAACCAUGGCGUAUUGUUCCUUCGAUGCAACCUGAGCCUGGUCGCUAUGACGAGGACGUUUUAGAAGGUCUCGAUUUUCUUUUAUACGAGAUGGGUCAACGCAACAUGCGUGCGGUCAUGUGUUUAAAUAAUUUCUGGCACUGGUCGGGGGGCUAUGCUCAAUAUAUUGUUUGGGCUGGUGGAGCAAGUUCAAUUCCUUAUCCAGGCGAUUACGCUGCAUUCGAACUUUUUUCAGCGCGAUUUUACGAGUUACCAGCAGCUGUACAAUUGUUUAAUAAUCACAUUCAAUUUAUUAUGAAGCGUACAAACAAGUAUAACAACUUGCCAUAUGUGGAAGACUCGACGAUCAUGUCAUGGGAAUUGGCAAAUGAACCUCGUCGUUUAAAUCUUUCCUGGGUAAAUGCAACGGCUUGUUCGAUCAAGCAGUUAGCCCCUAAACAGCUCGUGACGACAGGUGUCGAAGGUAGUAUAUCUUCUAACAAUUUUUCAAAUGAUCAUGCAAGUCCAUGUAUUGAUUAUGCUACAUUUCAUCUAUGGGUACAAAAUUGGAAUAUUUACGAUCCGAAGAAUGCUUCUGAUACAUUUCCACCUGCAUUAGAGUUCGCUCGAAAGUACAUCGAAUACCACGUUGCAUACAAAGAAAAGCCGGUCGUACUGGAAGAAUUUGGUAUCUCACGAGAUAAUGACGAUCACAGUGCAACAGCGCCCAUUACCAUACGCGAUAAAUACUAUCAGGCUAUUUUUCAAUGGGCUCGUGAUUAUCGUAUACCCGUGAAUUUCUGGGCGUACGGUGGCGAAGGACGACCGAGACUUCCACGUGCUAAUUGGACCCAAGGUGAUGACUUCAUUGGUGAUCCUCCUCAUGAACCUCAAGGCUGGUAUUCUGUGUACGACACAGAUGAAAGUACAUUAGAAAUUAUCCAUAGCUUUGCUUCAGUUAGCUCAGCAUCAGUGACAAAAACAUCGCUCGGCUUUUCCAUUCUCCUACUAUACAAUUUCUUGCACAACCUAUAUUAUCUUGGUUAA